CAAACUAAUUCGAGAGGGGCUUGAGCAGUGAACGUGGAAGCAGAAAAAGGGAGUUUGUGGAUUUUACUGACUGCACAGCCAUGGCACAAAGAAGGAGGGGAUUGGGCGAAUUUUAUUUGAUGCUGGUGAAGGACUUGCUUGACCGCACGUUCGUGAGCAUGCCCAAGCCGACGAUGCCAAGUGUCAAACGAAGCCACACAAGCAAUAGGGGAAAGGGGCCGUGAAAUAUUGAGAGGAAGCGAGUAAAGACCGUCCACGGCAAAGCCACGAUGAAGUUCACGCCCCGUGCGUCGGUCCUUGAUGAGAAACAGAGAGUCAAAAAAUUCAAUCGAGAUAGGAUUAGAACGAGUGAGAGAGCUAAUGGAGAGAAGAUUAUAGGGAGCACCAUGCACAUGCAGAAUAUUAUCCAAAGAAAUCGAAGUAUUGGAUAAUGAAGUUGAGGAGGAUCCAAAACGAGAGAUAGGAAGAGAGUUACCGUUGCCAAAAGUCACUUGGUCAGUCCUGUUAUACUCAGAAUGAUGAGCAAGAUUGUCCAAUUCCGAGGUGAGAUGAUGAUUCGUCCCCGAAUCCAAAAUCCAUUGAUGAGAAUUAAAAGGCUGGACAGGCGAGGAGGACAAAAGAGUGUGUGGGCCAGCAGGGGUUUGAGAUGGGCGGGGAUGAGCAGACUGAACAGUUUGGGCCGAGGAAGUAUGCUGAUUAAUCAAUGGGCUGGGGCAGUAAGGUUUAAUAUGACAUUUUCCUCCACAGUUGUAACAUACCAGACCACUAGUGGGCCGAGGCCCAAGCAACCUAUGGGUGCCGAUAGAGAAGUUCUUAUACAAGAGCCGUCCAAAUUCCUAGCGGAUCGGGACCGAACAGCUUGGCUCAUUUGCAGCCCUAGGGUGCCGAUGCCCGAUAGAAAAGUUCUUAUACAAGAGCCGUCCGAAUUCCUAGCGGAUCGGGACUUCGAAUGUUGUCAUGGCUAAUAGAAUGGCCCAUUACCAGAGCGAUCACAUAAGCCCACUCUAAACGGGCCGAACUGAAGAAGUAUGGUGGGACUAUACUUUAUGGUUUUACACUUUUAUUCGAUUUGUUUUGAAUUGAAUUACAUUGUAAUAUUGGUCAAUUACACAUUUGCUCAGUUAUUUUAUUUAAAUUAUUCUACUUUAUCAUCGAAAAACAUUAUUUCCAUAUUUAGAACCUACUUCAAAUCUCGUUUCAUCAUUGUCACUUUCACUUUCAUAAAUUUGUCCUACAAGUAUAACUUUGAGGUUCAUGAUACCAUAUCGUACCAGCGGUUCAACCACAAAAUACCAGUAUCGGAGGCUUAGCUGAUAGGUGGUAUUUACUAUCGCUGACUUUUCCGGUACGGUUUCAUGAACCAUACUUUGGCCAUUAAAUAUAUCAUAUAAAAUUUAAAAAUGAAUAAAAUAUGAUUAUAUUUUAUUUUUUCUCCAAUUUCAAGCAAAUCUAGAGUGUAUAUUUUCAAUAUAUAUAAUAUCGUAAUAAACAAAAAGAAUAUUGAUGACUCUAUGACUAAAUGAAUGUUUUUUCGAAAUAUCACAUAGUGGGUAUCAUUUUGUAGAUCUAGUUGAAUAUGGGUUUUUGAAGCAAACAAAAGUUAAAUAUGAUUUGAAACGAAAGAGAUGACUCGUCUACAGUUAAUGAGAGAGACAAAAUAAGCAGAGAGAAAAAUACAAUAUGUGGCAUAAUUUGAUUGGUUGCGGGAUUAUUUAUUUUGUAUUCAUGUCUAGUUUUAAUAUAAAUAUGUUUUCACUAAACUACCCUUCAUAUAUAUCAAUCUCGGGGCUCCAAUUUUGAAAUGGAGAAAAUCAAUUUUUUAAUAAUUUUUAGGCUGACAAGGCAAUGACAUGGCGUGUUGACCGUCCAAAUUGACGGUCAAACCUUGUGUCGGGCCAAUUGAGUCUAUAUGCUGCAUAGUUGAGGCCAUGAUGUUAAUUUCUAAAACCACGUACCAAAGUUGAUUGGUCAUAGUUCAUACCAAAAUAAAGUAUUAACCCUUAAGCGAUGAAUUCCUUCCCUCCCCAGAAGGCUAGAACCCAACAACUAGAUGGCCGACCAUAUUGCUAUUCGAUCACGCGUAGAACAUAAUCGAUCAAAUGAAACAAAGAUUCAUCACAAUCAGUAGCGAAACGUUCUCCGUCCUCAUCCACCGCUCCAUCCAUGCCGGAAUGGCGACGAAAGCCGUCUAUGCUUUUAGUCGAAUUGAUUUCUACAACUGGGCUCCUAAGAAAAUUGUCUUCUCAAUUGUGAGUUAUGACCGGUACUCUCUACAAGAAGAGAAGAUGCCUCGAAGUCGAUUCCUAAUUCUAUGAUUUGAAGUCCAGAUUUGAGCCUGACGCCAUCAUCUGCGACAAAACCGAGUAAACAACCUAGCAGGCCAGAGUUGCCGCUGACGUGGCGUUUUGCCCCCUCCGUCAGUGAAAUGGAUGGAAAUAAAAAUGGAUGCACAUUUCAUAGACUUGGAUGGUACCCGAUGUACUAUUUUCACUUCAGUGGUAUCCGUCCCUCAUUUCGAGAAGUUUGAUGGCAUCAUGGGUAUUUCUCCCAAUUGGGAUGAUAACUAGGUAGUUAAAUUUAUAAGAAAGAAAAAUUUAAAAAGAAAAAAGAAAAAAGAGAGAUUAAAAAAUCCCAAAGUAGUAGGUUUCCGCUUCGAGCAAAAGGAAGAGCCUUGACUUGUUAUUAAAUGCUAUUCCAAAAUAGAAAAUUAAUAUAGAAUGAGACACUAAAAUUGGAUUCAAGUGGUUUUGAUCAGAGUCGAUAUAUAAGUUGGAUAUCCAUGAGUUUGAGUUCAAUUUUCAUUCCCGUUCAAUUUUCAUUCCCUAAAAAAAGCAGUCACUAAAAAACACUAAACCGGAUAAAACUUGCUCUCGGCCUAAAACUCGUUACACAUCGGAUUCAAAUACCAUUGGUCUAACAAAUAAAAAGUGAAACU